AUGCAAAAUUCUACUUUCGUGACAGAGUUCAUCUUAUUGGGAAUUCCUAAUACUAAAGGGCUGGAGAACAUGCUCUUUGUCUUGUUUUUGACCUUCUACCUCUUCACCGUACUUGGGAACUUGCUCAUCUUCCUCAUCAUUCUGGCUUCCCCUAACCUCCACACUCCCAUGUACUUCUUCCUGGGAAACCUUUCAGUGUUUGAUAUAUUUUUCCCUUCAGUGAGUUCCCCCAAAAUGAUGCUCUGCCUAAUGGGGCAGAGUCACAACAUCUCCUAUCAGGGCUGUGCAUCCCAGCUCUUUUUUUACCAUGUCUUGGGUGGCACCGAGUGUUUCCUGUACACCGUGAUGGCUUAUGACCGUUUUGUGGCCAUUUGUCACCCCUUGCGGUAUACGGUCAUCAUGAACCACAGGGUGUGUGUUGGCCUGACACUAGGAACCUGGUUGGGGGGUUGUCUACAUGGAAGUAUCCUCACCUUCCUCGUUUUUAAGCUGCCCUACUGUGGCCCAAAUGAGGUGGAUAAUUUCUUUUGUGAUAUACCAGUGGUGCUACCCCUGGCCUGUGCUGACACCUCCCUGGCUCAGACAGUGAGCUUUACUAAUGUGGAUGUUGUGACUUUAACGUGUUUUUUCCUUAUCCUCACUUCCUAUAGUCGCAUUGUCCUUUCCAUAUUGAAAAUCAGCUCGUCAGAAGGCAGGCGUCGAGCCUUCUCAACAUGCAGUGCCCACCUGAUUUCAAUCCUCUUGUUCUAUGGUCCUGUGAUGCUCAUCUACCUCCGGCCAGUAUCCAGCCCCUGGCUGGAUUCUGUCAUUCAGGUGUUAAAUAAUAUUGUCACUCCUUCCCUUAACCCUUUGAUCUACACAUUGAGAAACAAGGAUGUGAAGUUAGCUCUGCGGAAAGUGUUAACUCAAGUGGUCCACACUUCUGGGGUAUAA